ACAAGUUUGCUCCUCUCUCACCUCACCUUGGACAGUGAUACGUAGCAAAACUACCUGUCCCCAGACCUCUUGGCGAGAGGCGGGGCAGAGCUCUCUAAUGCUGCUCUGCCCUGUAAGCCCAUCAGACCAUACAUGCAGGUGCAGUCUCCUUACUCAUGCAGAGUGUUCAUAGUGUUCUGCAGCCCUGCUGUCCUCCGUGCACAUCUAGAAUGAAAAGUACACUCUAGACUCCAGAACAAUGGAGAACAUUGGAUGUAAGAUUUGGAUGAUGAGGGAAUCCAAAAGUCCAUUCCCUCUUCACACCUGACCCUCCAGAGGAGGAGAUUGGCAGCAGGGCAACUAGCAAGGCACAGGGAGGAGAACCAAUCUUCUGUGCUGUCUGUCAUCUGCCAUCUGGAUUAUCGCAGAAGGGGUGGAAUCGUGCGAUUUCCCUAUAGAAUGUUUGGAUAAUUUAGUUCAGUUUCUGGGAAUUCUAGGUGCUUGCUGGCCACGUCUGCAGAUCUCUCUCCAAUUGUUGUUUUGUUGCUGCUGCCGGCUGCUUUACGGUGUGCGUUUGGAUUAAUUACAAUGUUUACUCAGCUUAUCAUUGUGUGUUUUCCAAUUCAUUUUAGCUGCUGACUCCACUUAUUCUCCUUUCACCCACAACUUUUCUUGUUACUUUGUGUUUGAGGUAGGUGCUACUUUGGUCUGCCGGCCACCUAUAACAGGCACAUUCUUCCGUGUGACUCAUUGUUUCUGUCCUACCUGCUGCCUGGAGAGAGCUGCUCUGGAUGGAAGAGAAGGACGAGCUGUCCAGGCUCCGUGCCCUCUUCCUCACCUAUGAUGCCAAGCGUUCUGGACGCCUGAAAAGGGGUGACUUCUCUUCACUGUGCGCGGAACUGAGGGUUAACCCUUCAGAGGUGGAGACCAUCUUCCGACGUCUUGAUACGGACAGGGACGGGUCGAUUACUUUUGAAGACUUUGUGAUCGGGUUUCGUGGGGCCAAGGGACCCCAGAUGCCAGAAGGUACCUGGAACCCUAGCAAUGUGGGAACCCCCCUAAGCCCUCUUACCUCACAGAAUGAGGUUCACCAUGAGGAGGAGACCUUCAGUCCAGCUUGGGAGGACUUCCAGCUCAGAUUGGGAGACGAGGCCAACUUUAUCCCAAGACGUGAACAAGCCAGUGUUCUUUAUCAGAACAUCAAUAUAGUGGAACCACUUUUAAUACAGCAAUAUGAACAUGUAAUUAGGAACUUUGUUCGGGAAAUAAGACUUCAGAGUACAGAAAUGGAAAACCUGGCUAUUGCUGUGAAAAGAGCCCAGGAUAAAGCCGCCAUGCAGCUGAGUGAGUUGGAAGAGGAGAUGGACCAACGUAUCCAAGCUGUAGAAAGCAAAAUAAAGAAAGAUGAGAAAAGAAAGACAGAAGAAGCAUUGGGCGAUUUGAAACGUCAACAUGAGUCUGAAGUUGCUGAGCUGCAAGUUGCCAUAAAAAAACUGAAAAAGCUGGAAGAACAAUCAAAAAACAUAAAUUUAAAAGAAGAUGUAGCUGCCUUAAGAAAGAGAAUGCAUGAGUUGACUAUGGAGAAUCAGAAACUGAAGAAGGAUUUGCUAGAAGCACAGACAAGCAUUUCAUUUUUGCAGAGUGAAUUAGAUGCUCUGAAAAGUGAUUAUGCCGAUCAAAGUCUGAGCUCUGAAAGAGAUAUGGAAUUAAUACAGGAAUACACUGAUGAACGUGAGCAUCUUGCAAGACAAAUUGAAAUUCUCCAAACAGCUAACAGAAAGUUACAUGACAGCAAUGAUGGACUUCGCAAUGUGCUGGAGAACAGCUUUAGCAAGUACAACAAAUCCUUGCGUGCAAAUACUUCGCCAGGGAGUACGAUAUCAAGAAACAGUCCCAAACUCAACAGAAGCAAUUCACCAUAUGACAGCAGAUCUCCUCGAUCAUCUUACUUAGAUGAGGACUAUGACACUUUAGCGGUAUGUGAUCCGAUGCAGAGAAUGAACUGUGAGGUUGACAGCCUUCCUGAAAGCUGCAUAGACAGCGGCUUAUCCACUUUAAGGGACUCUAAUGAAUAUGAUUCAGAAGUCGAAUACAGGACGCCAAAGAACUUUCACAGGUCACGGUUUACCCAUGAGAGCUUUGGUGGAGAUGCUUCGGAUACAGAUGUUCCAGAAAUCCGAGAUGAAGAAUUAUAUGCGCCAGAAACAAAUCGAAAUCUUCUUGACUGGAAACCAUCGCAGCCAGUCAGUAGAAGCAGCUCAGGGGCUUCUUCGAGAAAGUGUAUUUCAGCACUGUCUGCACCUGUUUCGACUGCUUAUAGAACAGACCGGGACAGUAAAUAUCCCAACACAGAGAAAGCAUACAAGAUAGUGCUCGCUGGUGAUGCAGCUGUUGGGAAGUCAAGUUUUCUAAUGAGACUGUGUAAAAAUGAGUUUCGAGGGAACACAAGUGCCACCUUGGGUGUGGAUUUUCAAAUGAAAACAUUAGUCGUGGAUGGAGAGCCAACCCUUUUGCAACUCUGGGAUACUGCAGGCCAAGAAAGAUUCAGAAGCAUUGCCAAAUCUUACUUCAGAAGAGCUGAUGGAGUCCUGCUUCUCUAUGAUGUAACUUGUGAGAAAAGCUUCCUGAACGUGAGGGAGUGGAUAGAUAUGAUUGAGGACACAACUAGUGACAGUAUUCCUAUAAUGAUGAUAGGAAACAAAGCAGACCUUCGCCAAACAAUGAUAGAACAAGGCCAUAAAUGUGUGCCAACAAGUUAUGGGGAAAAGUUAUCAAUGACAUACAAUGCUCUGUUCUGUGAAACAAGUGCCAAAGAGGGAUCAAAUAUUGUAGAAGCUGUUCUUCAUCUUGCACGUGAGGUGAGAAAGAGGAGUGAUAACGAAGAUGACAGGGGGUCGGUAACCAACCUUUCAGGAGCGACCACCAAGAAAACAACACAAAUGCAAAACUGUUGUAAUGUGUAAUAAAACAUUUGCUUUAUUUCUUUUUCACCUGCCAAAACGUCUUGAUAACAGUAAAGGGAUUUAAGUUGUAUAUAAAUGAUCUGUGCUAUUUUUAAUGCUUCCGUGUUGUUUCUUAGUCUCCUUUCACGUGUGUCAUAUUUGGUAUUCUCCUUGUUUAUUUAUAUGUCAGAAUGUGUACAGUUUAAAAAAAAAAAAAAAAAAAAAACAUUUUUAAAAUACUUUAAAAAAACUGGAAACCCCAGGUAUUUGAAUAAUGAUUACCCCAUUUUCAUAUUUAAAGUUCAUGCAAUCAUUUUUUAUUAUUAUUUAUGUAUCUGUUUUUUUAGCUUGAUGUUUAUGUACAAUCUAUAAUUUUGUCUCACUAUUACUAUAAAUGUGUCUGUUCUCUCAGAUUUUAUGCCUGCUCUUACAAGUAAU